CUGGAACUAUUGAGAGCAAUGUGCGGCAUGAAUAUCGAUGCCUAAUAUCGAUACGGAAUUAUCGAUGCCUAAUAUUUAUGCCUGGCAGCCUGAGGAUAGUAAGUCAUGUGGUUAUUCACGUGAUAUACCGCACACGUGACACAUGACACGUGAUCUCAGAGCCUGCGGUCGUCGAUGGAUCUCUCCGAGCUCGGGAGCUGAGAGAAUAAUAAACACAACCCACCACGCACCUCACAAUGGAAGGACUCACAGCUUCGGAGCAGCGCGAGCUUGCUGCGCGCAUGGAGAGGAAGCAGCUGAAGGAAUUCAUGACCAUGUACUCCAAGCUGGUCCAGCGCUGCUUUGACGACUGCGUCAACGACUUCACCACCAAGUCCCUGAUCAACCGUGAGGAGGGCUGCGUCAUGCGCUGCGUCGACAAGUAUCUCAAGAGCUCUGGCCGCCUCAACGAACGCUUCCAGGAGCAGAACGCCGCCAUGAUGCAGAGCGGCUCUCUGCCUGGUCGGUAAUCUUUCC